UCGAAGAAGCGGUUCAACUCUUCCGUUGUUCGUAAAUGAAGUACUGCGUCGAUCAUCACGUGGCAUAUCUAUAUUCAAUUCAGGCUACGUACUCAAACGGAGUUCUGUUCACCAGCUGUUCACCGGUCAGGAAACUACGCCAUCAUUUACGCAUUGACUGAUUUUCGCUAGAUGUAGAAAGCAAUUCAUGAUGGCCACCGAGGUCGAGGUUUUCAACACGAGUGUACCGCUCCAGAUGGCUCGCUCUCAAGGCUCGGAACUCGGUCGCAGUCCAAACGAUGCCGUCGCCUCGUUGAACUACUACGAUGACCCAGGUGACGGCUCGUUGCCAGAGCCAGUCUUCGUUGAAGUAAAUACCGUCACAAAUAAGAGAGCUGUGGUUCCAACUACGGUCACUGUGAGGGAUAUGACCGGCCAAGAGGACAAGUUCGUCCUUGACAGAAACGGGUUUCAGCUCUGCCGCCACAUGGACGACUCCGAGUGUCAGAAAGAAGGGUAUAGCGAUGAGGAAAAGAUCCCAGUAGAGUACUACCCCAGGAUGGAGCAGUUGUUGAAAGAUGUCACUGGAGCAUCGCGAGUCUUCAUCUUUGACAACAAGACGCGCCACGGGCCCUCCAACUGGCACAGUCUUGGCCCUGGCAACCAGGCAAAGCGGGGACCCAUCUUUCGCACUCACAUUGACCAGUCGUACGCUGGUGCCGAGUCCUUGCUGAAGUGGCUCCUGCCGGAGGAGGCAGACGAACUGCUUAAGAAACGGUGGCAGAUUAUCAAUGCCUGGCGCCCCAUCAAGACCAUCUACAAGGACCCCCUAGCCGUCGCAGACGCCACCACAGUCUCAGACGAAGACCUCGUGCCCGCGCGGAUCAUAUACCCGGACCACGAGCGCGAAUCAUGGACGGUGAAGCGGUCGGCGGGGCACGAGUGGUACUUCAAGUACGCGCAGCAGCCCGACGAGGUUCUCCUCAUCAAGUGCUUCGACUCGGUGGCGGACGGGAAGGUGGCGCGCCGGGCACCGCACUCGGCGUUUCAGGAUCCGCGGCAUGUUGAGGAUGCGUUGAGGGAGAGCAUUGAGAUUAGGACUAUGGUGUUCUAUGGGUAGUGAGUGAGCUAGCUUUGUGUGUGCAGGAGGCGGGGAAGAUGUUCGCGUCUGGCGCCUUG